UGAAUUGGUGCAUUUAUUUGUUGAAAAGAUUUUGAAAACCACUUGGCGCUGAUAACUUAUCCAAUAAAUGCGAAAUGCAUUUUAAAAAAUUUGCAUAGUUUCGUCGAAAAACAAGGCACUAUGAUUAGAUUGGUUGUAAUUUUUGCCGCCCUUGCCCUUGUAAGGGCCGAUGUGAAAUUCGAGAUAAUCAACAGGGAAGGCGGUCCCGUAUGGGUGGGCGUCCAGGGAAAUCCCGGACAUCCUCAUUUACAUGGAGGUGGUUUCGCUUUGAACAAAGGACAAACGGUUACGUUAUCAGCUCCAGAUAACUGGGCAGGAAGAUUUUGGGGCAGAACCUGGUGCGAUCCCGGCAGUAAGCAUUGCUUGACUGGAGAUUGCGGUAACAAGUUGGAAUGUAACGGAGCUGGUGGAGUUCCACCAGUGACUUUAGUGGAAAUCACUCUUAAAGGCUGGGGUGGAUUGGACUAUUAUGACGUAUCGCUGGUGGACGGCUUUAAUAUCAGAGCUUUUAUUGAACCUGUUGGUGGCAGAUCCAGAGCCGGAGGCCACUACACCUGCAAGAGAAUCAAUUGCCUGGCAGACGUCAACGGCAAAUGUCCAGAAGUACUAAAAAUCAAACACAACGGCAUGACGAUCGCUUGUAAUUCCGCUUGCAACAAGUUCAAUACGGAUCAGUACUGUUGCCGAGGUGCAUACAAUAAGCCGGAAACUUGUAAAAGUUCCACUUGGCCAGUUAAUUAUCCGGCUUUUUUCAAAGGACAAUGUCCGGACGCUUAUAGCUACGCCUAUGAUGAUCACAAGAGUACUUUUACUUGUCAUGCUUCCCAUUAUAGGAUACAAUUUGGGGCUUGAUUAUUUUCAAUUAUGAUAAAUAUUUAUGAUAUAAAAUUAAAUAAAUCCGAUUUAAAAAUUUGCUA